AUGCUAGCUCAGUAGGUUAGGGAGUGGCUCACAUUGGCAGUCUUGAUCAUGAUGAAGUUACUUGUGAUAGUUGUAUCUCUUUUCCUUACGUUUGCUGCUUCUCAACAUUGUCCUCUACCAACUAUAGCAGAGAUAGAGGCUGUUUUGCCUCCUUUACUAAUCAUUUCUGAUGGUACUCAGUCUUACUCUCCUAAUGUAACUGAGGGAUCAGUUCAAUAUGUCUGUCAAGCCCAAGGGGACACUAUCAAUACUUAUGAAGGCAUAGCUCUUAUAGCUACAUUCACUCCUAACCCAGGAGAACCUGAACAAACUAGGAUACUUGAUAUGGAGUGUAGCAGUGGUACAUGGAGUGGAAGGACUGGUAGUUUGGAUCCUCCUCCUGCCAGUGUUGUUGGUGCUCCUCCAAGAACUGAUUGUUAUCGGUGCCGGGAAGGUUUUGGUGGAGAUACUAGAUGUAGAGCAUGUGACAGUGCUUGCAAUACUGGAUUAGAAAGAUGUACUGGAUCAGGAUCUGGUGAUUGCUGUCUUGUAUUCUUACCUAAUGGAGAGUGUAGUGAUGAUUGCUCAUCCUUUGGUGUGGGUUAUGUUGCUAGUGAAGACACUGAUUAUAAAUGCAUUUGUAAUUUAACCUGUGCUCUUGGUCAUUCACCAAACAGCAACUGCACUGAAUGUAUAUUCAAUGAUAUUUGUGAUAUUAGCAAUCCUUGUUUGAAUGGAGGAGAGUGUACAUCAUUUAGUGGCAUGAACAAUUAUACAUGUAACUGUACAGGAACUGGAUAUCAGGGGAUGAACUGCUCAGAUAUAACGUAUUCAACAUCUUCAAUACAAGGAAUGCCUCAACCUUCAUCAGUUACAUCAACUAGACCAACUUCUUCAUCUUCAGUUGUUUCCACAACAACAAGAAUAAUGACAUCCUUCCCUACACGUCCUUCCUCCAUUUUCUCUCCAUCUCCCUCUUUCUCUCCCUCUCCUUGCAGAGCUGAUAAUUGUGGUGAAUGUGAACCAGAUUCUGUUUGUUGUGUCCAGUGCAAUGAUGGCUAUAAGAUAGACCAAGACGGUUGCUCAUGUGCUAUAUCAGACGGUCCUUUUGAUGCUACAUUGAUAAUAGUAAUAAUAGCAAUAGUGAUUGGUCUCCUGCUGCUACUGAUAAUAGGAGGAAUCAUUGCCUUUACUGUUUAUUCUUAUGCUACAAAAGGGAAAAGGAAAACUUUCCCUCUCAAAGAAAAAAUAGGAUGGCAAAAGAAGCCACAAAUAGUUUGAAAAGACUUUGCAAUGUUGCUAUACAUGUACAUGUUAAUUUAUCUUCUAAAAUUUGAUUAUAAUAAUAAUAAUCGAUUGUGCUAACAACAAAAGUGAUGAAAUGAUUAAUGAAAAGUGA